AUAAUGUGUAUUUAUAUUUAAUGUAUAAUCUAUUUAUAUUUAAAUAGAUUCUACCAGUUCAACAUUCAAUAAUUGGUUAAUUUCGUAAGCUAAAUUCAAAAUCCUUCAUCUAACAUUUUUAUUAAUUUUCAUUUAUAAUAUAUUAAGACAUUUUUUCGAAAAUGAAAGCUAAACUAAAUUGUAAGUUUUAAUGACUUUUAUAUUUUCCGCGGUAAUUUUACUGUUUGGAAAAAAUUUUUAAACUGGCCAAUCAGCGUACGCCAUUAUUGUGCAAUGUGAAAUUUUCUUUCGAUUUGGUGGGUGAAAUUGUGCGAGCAUAUAUUAGCGAUGAUCUUAUUACAAUUAAACGAUUAAUUUUCUUUUUCGAUGUCGAAAUUGAUAACACAUUAACAAUUUCUAUUUGUUAAUUCUUUUAAUAGUACAUUUAUUGAUAUAUAAUGUGUUGUAGCACAUAAUGGUAAUUUGUGUUUAUUGAUCUUGAUUGAUACGGACAUCAUGAAAGACAAUAGAAUUGCUUAUGCUUAUAUUUAUUACGUAUAGAUAACUACAGUAAUAAUUUAUAAUUUUGCAAUAAUAAUAUUAGUGUAGUAGUAUUAAAGUGUAUAGGUUAUACAAUAAUUUUCGAAUUCGAAGAAAGUGUAUAUUAUAACAUGAUGAGUACAGGUACACUUAGUUCGAGAGCAGAAAAAUAUUUUUAUAGUUUAAGUCCUUUGGCUCAACGUAUUGGCGAAGAUAUAACUGUGACAAAAGAAGCUUAUGAGGGUCUUUGGAAUACUUUGAGCAUAUCAGAACGGAACCAGGCGAUUAAUGAAACUAUAAUUCAACCCGAGGUAGCUUUACAAUAUGCAGUUAAGGAAGUUGAACUUACUAAAGAAUUACCAGAUUGGUAUCCGAAACUUCGUAUUCAGACUGGCAUGAAAUACGUCAUCGAUGAAACAGGAUCUACAUUAAAAUGGCGAGAUGAACAUUCUGCACCAUUUUCAUUUAUGACACAAUCACAAAUGAAUUUAAAUUUAAUAGAUCCUAAUGAAGAUUUUACAUCCAAAUGUCUGAGAUCUCAUUUCGGAGAAUCUCCUCAUUUUUCAAGUCCAAUUAAAACUCAAAGAAAUAAUACUAAUUCAAUUACCGAUAAUUAUAAUUCUAAUCAAACUAAUCGUUAUCAAUCGGAGUGUUAUUCCAAAAGUAUAUUUGAAGAUGAACCGUGUGGAAAUUUACGUAAUAGUGACAUAGAUACCGAACACUCCGAGAGUAUAUUUGCAAAAUUAAUUAAUAAAACUUCUUUAUUAAAAUUGCAAAAUAAUUUGGAGGAUGAUAUGGAAAGUUUGGUACACGAUAGAGAUUCGGAUAAAAGUCAAUCUAAUACACUUGUAGCUAUUUCACGAACAAAAUCAAGUGAUAUUAAUGAAUCAACAGCUCUCUUAGAAACACCUAGCUCCUAUAGUAGUUUUCAGUCUUCUCAAUUAAAUCACGAAGAUGAAGAAAGAUGUAUACCAAAGACUGGAUUUGAAUUUUUAGAUAAUUGGUAAAUAUACUUUUGAUCAUU